AUGAAGCUCAACCCGGCGAAAUGCACCUUCAGCGUCACAUCAGGAGAAUUCUUGGGUUAUAUCGUCACUCAGCGAGGCAUCAAAGCAAACCCAAAACAGAUAACGGCGAUCCUUGACCUUCCUAGUCCGAGGAACACUCGUGAAGUACAGCGAUUAACCGGAAGGAUUGCGGCACUCAACAGGUUCAUCUCAAGAUCUACGGAUAAAUGCCUCCCUUUUUACGAACUCUUGUGGGGAAAUAAAAGAUUCAUCUGGGAUGAAAAAUGCGAAGAAGCGUUCAAUCAGCUCAAGCAUUACCUCACGACGCCUCUGGUUUUGUCGAAGCCCGAGGUCGGUGACACCCUAUCCCUAUACAUCGCCGUCACUUCCUCGGCGGUCAGGAGCGUACUCAUACGAGAGGAUCGGGGCGAACAAAAACCUAUUUUCUACAUCAGCAAGCGCAUGACAGAACCAGAGAUGAGAUACCCAACCUUGGAGAAGAUGGCUCUCGCCAUCAUCACCUCGGCGAGAAAACUCAGCCCUUACUUCCAGUCGCAUACCAUCGAGAUGCUCUCCAACCAACCCCUUAGGACGGUGAUGCAAAACACCAACCAAUCCGGAAGACUAACUAAAUGGGCAGUGGAACUAAGCGAGUAUGACAUCGUGUAUAAGAAUCGCACAGCAGCUAAGUCACAAGUCCUUGCUGAUUUCUUGAUCGAGUUAACGCCAGAGCUAGAACAAGAUCUUUCGUUCAGUUUUGGUUUCGCGGCAUCCAACAAUGAAGCCGAAUACGAGUCUCUCAUCGCAGGCCUCCAUCUCGCUAAAGCAGUCAAGGCCAAACGAAUCAGCGCGUACUGUAAUUCCCAGCCCGUGGUGAGUCAGUUUCACCGAGACUACGUCGUCAGGAAUGAUAGGAUGGACGCCUACCUGAAGCUCGUCAAAGACCUCAUACAAGAUUUCGAGUUCUUUGAACUCGCGAAGGUUCCUCGCGGAGAGGACAUAUGCGCGGACACUUUCGCAGCCCUCAGAAGCAAGCUACACGACCAAGUGAAGAGGACGAUCCCAAUUCACAGGAUCGAGAAGCCAAGCAUCAGUCCAACAACCGAGCAGCUAACCAUCACAGCGUCCGUCACUGAUGCAAUGCACAUUGACGAAGUAGAACCUCGCACGACAGAAGAUCAGCUCGAUGAUUGGCGAACGGAGUUCAUCACCUACUUAGCCGAUGGCAUACUACCUACCGAGAAGUGGGAAGCAAGACGACUCAAACGACGCAGUGCACACUACGUCGUCAUGGACGGAGAACUCCAUCGAUGGACCGCAACAAAAGUACUCCUCAAGUGCAUUUUCGGGGAUGAAACAAGGCUCGUUAUGGCCGAAACGCAUGAAGGAGCAGCAGGCAAUCACUCAGGAGGGCGAGCUCUCGCACUGAAGGUGAAGAACCUCAGUUUCUAUUGGCCAACUAUGAACGCAGAUUGCGAGUCCUACGUCAAGAAAAGUGACAAGUGCCAGAGACACGCUUCGACCAUCCACAGCCCGACGGAGUUGCUCCAUACCUUGACGGUGCCGUAUCCCUUCAUGCGAUGGGGAAUGGAUAUGAUCGGGCCAAUGCCGAGCUCUCGACAGAAGAGAUUCAUCCUAGUCCUAACUGAUUACUUCACUAAGUGGGUAGAAGCAGAAGCCUACGCCAGCAUCACCGAUAAGGAGGUGCAAAAGUUCGUUUGGAAAAACAUCAUCUUCUUGCACGGACUCCCCUACGAGAUAAUCACAGACAACGGAUCCCAGUUUAUCUCACACAACUUCAAAGAGUUCUGCGACAGGUGGAGAAUUCGACUCAACAUGUCCACGCCGAGGAACCCGCAGAGUAACGGUCAAGCUGAGUCCACCAACAAGACCAUCAUCGACGGACUCAAGAAGCGACUCGACUUGAAGAAGGGUUGCUGGGCCGACGAACUAGAUGGAGUCCUAUGGUCCAAUAAAACAACUCCGCGUGGAGCAACGAAAGCCACCCCUUUCUCGAUGGCCUACGGAGGCGAAGCAAUGGCACCCGCCGAUGUAAACGUAACGGGCUUACGCCAUUCCAAGAUGCCUAUAGAAGAGAGACGCGACCAAGCGUUGCUUCGCAUUCAGAACUAUCAACAUCAGAUCGAGAGCUACUACAACAAGAAGGUUAAGUCCCGUCCCCUCGAAUUGGGUAACCUAUUCCUCCGCAAGGUGUUCGAAAACACUAAAGAAUGGAAGGCCGGUAAACUCGGAGCCAACUGGGAAGGACCUUACAAGAUCACCGAGAUAGUAAAACGCGGAGUCUACCACCUCGAAACUUCAAUCGGAGAAACGGUGCCACGAGCCUGGAACUCGAAGCACCUCCGACUAUUCCACAGCUAA